AGGCAUAGCGUCCAAGUACUGAAGUAGCUUGUUCCGGACCCGGAACUUGUAUGAUUUUGUGAGACUUCUGUUUAAACUGUACAACACAUACUUUGUAAACGUAUUUCAUGGCAUGACUUAAACAUACAUGCAUUAACAAUAUGGCUGAGGGUGGUAUAAAUGGUGGAGUGGAACAUCAAGUUGGAUCAGACACCUCCCCGAUAACUUUCAAGGAUUUGGGGAUUCCGGACGCAGGAGAUACACGACUUCCUGACGCACCAUUUGGUCUUGGCAAGAGAAGGACUUUGAGUGACCUACAGAAGAAGGAGUAUGUGUUUAUACUGCUGGCCGGUCUUUCCUUACUGGCUACACUGGUACUCACCAUCUGGAAGCUGAUCAUUUUACCUAAGAGCUCCAAUGAUUUCUCUUUUGCUUUAGUAUUGCUAUUAAGUACAGUGUUCUGUCUGUGGUACCUGAUCGAAGGCAUCAUGUUGGAGCGCCCGUAUGAAAUCCUUGUUCUCUCCAUCUCUACAGUCAUUGUCUGGCUGUACAUCAUCUUGAACUUUUCCCUGGGGAGAAGGGAUCCUGUCAAAAUGGUUCGACUCAUCAUUACUUCUGUACUUAGUCCAUUUAUGAUAGUGCUAGCCAUUCUCAUAGCUAAACACUAUUUUGAUUCCGGACGUUUGAUUUUCCGUACUGUGGGAGCUCAGACGUUGAUGCAGCGAAUGUGUUGGACUAUAUUUGGUUACUUUGGGAUGCUGAAAUUUGACCUACAGCUCAGUCUUUCCAUGGUGAUCCUGAUCUUGACCACUGGUGAGACUGUGGGGGAUCUGGAACUGAUCAUUAUAGUCCUUGGUACUGUCAUCGUCCUUGGAUGUACUGUGAUUGGAUAUCUUGGCGUACGUCAAGAAAACAAGAUUUUGACGAUCAUCUAUUCAGUUACCCUAAUAAUUCAGCCAAGCUAUGUGAUCUACAAAGUUGUGGAGUCUAUUUUGAAGUUCAGUCCUUCGACAGACAACCUUGCUGUACCCACCAUUGUUUGUGGAGCGGUUUCCUUGGUGGUCCGUUGCAUCAUGAUCACCUAUUUUGUAAAGUCAUGGCUGAACUACGGAAAGGGGCUAAAGGAAAAAGUAUUUGGUGGAAAUCCGACAGAUGCAGAAUCCAAUCAAAACAAUGUACAUGUCCAAACCUAAGGAACAGUGUGUUGUGAUGAACGGUGUGUAGUGAGGAACAGUGUGUAGUGAGGAACAGUGUGUAGUGAGGAACGGUGUGUAGUGAGGAACGGUGUGUAGUGAGGAACAGUGUGUAGUGAGGAAGUGUGUAGUGAGGAACGGUGUGUAGUGAGGAACAGAGUGUAGUGAGGAACAGUGUGUAGUGAGGAACAGUGUGUAGUGAGGUACAGUGUGUAGUGAGGGAACAGUGUGUAGUGAGGAACAGUGUGUAGUGAGGAACAGUGUGUAGUGAGGAACAGUGUGUAGUGAGGGACAGUGUGUAGUGAGGAACAGUGUGUACUGAGGGACAGUGUGUAGUGAGGAACAGUGUGUACUGAGGAACAGUGUGUAGUGAGGAACGGUGUGUAGUGAGGAACGGUGUGUAGUGAGGAACAGUGUGUAGUGAGGAACAGUGUGUAGUGAGGAACAGUGUGUACUGAGGAACGGUGUGUAGUGAGGAACGGUGUGUACUGAGGAACAGUGUGUAGUGAGGAACAGUGUGUAGUGAGGAACAGUGUGUAGUGAUGAACAGUGUGUAGUGAGGAACAGUGUGUAGUGAGGAACGGUGUGUAGUGAGGAACGGUGUGUAGUGAGGAACGGUGUGUAGUGAGGAACAGUGUGUAGUGAUGAACGGUGUGUAGUGAGGAACGGUGUGUAGUGAGGAACGGUGUGUACUGAGGAACAGUGUGUAGUGAGGAACAGUGUGUAGUGAGGAACAGAGUGUAGUGAGGAACAGUGUGUAGUGAGGAACAGUGUGUAGUGAGGAACAGAGUGUAGUGAGGAACGGUGUGUAGUGAGGGACAGUGUGUAGUGAGGAACAGAGUGUAGUGAGGAACAGUGUGUAGUGAGGAACGGUGUGUAGUGAGGAACAGUGUGUAGUGAGGAACGGUGUGAACAGUGUGUAGUGAGGAACGGUGUGUAGUGAGGAACAGUGUGUAGUGAGGAACAGAGUGUAGUGAGGAACAGUGUGUACAGUGUGUAUAACUGAACUAUCAGUAUACAAUGGUACAAUGCCCUUGCGAAUCUUUGAAUUAAGAUUUUUAUCUAUUUGUUUUAAACAUAUUUUUACAUGACAACACACAAAUGGUCAUUUUUAUCAGAUUUAUUUCUGCCAUUAUUCGGUUUUUAAUUUUACCUUCAAUUUUUUGUUUUCCUAUGUUUGUAAAAAAAAUUCAAAUGGCAUUUAAAGUUGUGUCCAGAAACCAAAACAAGUUAAUUUGGAUAUGUAUUAAUGCAGACAUUGAACUCCUUAUAUCUUAUACUUCAAUUAGAUCAGAAUCUAAAUGUAUAUUUGUACAUAUGUACAUUGUAUGUAUUUUAUAAUAUUUUCAACCAGUGUAGGCAGAACACUGUUUAUAUCAUUGUAACACAGGGUGUAUCUUUGGUGAUGUUGAACAGCACUUAAAACAUAGUUAGACAUGUUAUGUCAAUGGAGAUAUUUUUCUACGGUAAACAUAGUUUGACACGUUAUGUCAAUUGAGAUGUUCUAAGACAGUAAUGUGAUCGACACUUUAUGUCAAUGGAGAUGCUGUACAGCAGUAAUGUAAUUAACACGUUAUGUCAAUGGAGAUGUUUGUACAACAGUUAUGUGAUAGACACGUUUUGUCAAUGGAGAUGUUUGUACAACAGUUAUGUGAUAGACAAGUUAUGUCAAUGGAGGUGUUUUAUGACGGUAAACAUAGUUAGACAUGUUAUGUCAAUGGAGAUGUUUUAUGACAGUAAACAUAGUUAGACCUGUUAUGUCAAUAGAGAUGUUCUACAGCAGUAAUGUAAUUAACACAUUAUGUCAAUGGAGAUGUUCUACAACUGUAAUGUAAUUAACACAUUAUGUCAAUGGAGAUGUUCUACAACUGUAAUGUAAUAGACACUAACUUUUUUAUGGCAUUUUGUAAAUUUCAAUUUAUUUUGUUCCUGAAUUUUUAUAAUAAUGAAGUGUUGUUUAAUUUUAUACAUUGUACAAGUAACUGACAUUUUUUGUAAAAUUCAUGGAGUGUGUAUAAAUGUGAAGAUUGUAAUGUAUAUAUUUUUAUAAAUAUUCAUGAUACUGUG